UUAUUGGAGCGCCACGUGUUUCUCAACACUUUCCCACGCCUCCACCCACCCCAUCCCGGACAGGCUGGGGAAGGACUCGGGAAGGCAAUGAGUAUGACCGACUCAGGGGAGUCCCUGGUACAUGUGCUGGUCAGACACGUGUACCGGUCCAUUACUCUCGAAUUUACCCUGCCCUUGGAAGGGUCCACGGUGCACGCGGUGAAGAAACGCGUGGAGGCAGCUUUGGAGGAAAAGCCCGCUCCUCAUCGACAACGGUUGAUAUAUUUGGGUAAAGUCUGCGUGGACGAGACUGCCCCCUUGGUGGGGAUCUUGACGGGAGGAACAGGAAACGACCACGAGACUCUGGACUUGAGCACCCCCAAGACCUUUCAUCUGGUUGUGACGGGGAUCACCUCACCCGUUCCCUCCGUUCCUGCCUCCGUCUCGACCUCUGUGGCACCGACGUCGCCUGCCUUGCCCGCGGGAACUCCAGGACGCACGCUGAGGGAGGGGGGGAGGGCAGGGGAGCCCGUCGGCAGCACCAGUAGCAGCGCCACGCCGACCGUGAUUUUCCCCCGACCCACGACCUCCUCGCCCAUCCCCAUCCACCCCGGAGUCACAGGAGGGAGCGGACGAGGGCGGGAGGGAGGGGGGGGGCACGGCGGAACGGGCGGGGGGCUGUCCCACGGGAUGAUUGUGGAGGAAAAUGGACGAUCGAGGCGGGAGGGAGGGGAGAGGGAAUGGGAGCGAGAAGCCCCUUCCUCGGCCGCGACCUCUGUCCCGUCCUCCGUGGAGAGAGAUGUCGUGGACUCACCACGCGCCAUUCGGGGAGGAAGCAUCAAC